GGGUUAAGGCAAGGUUUCGCCCGCCUUACGGUAGAGCCGCCCUUGCUUUGCAGUGUAAAAAAUGAUAGCAGCUAUUUCGUGGGUUCCCAAAGGGGUUGCAAAGCCAGUUCCAGCUGCGGCUGAGCCCCCUUCAAAGGAAGAAAUUGAGGAGCUUUUGAAGUGUGGCCUCCUUGAUAAAAGUGAAGAUAGUGAUAAUGAGGAAGCUGAAGAAGAUAUGAAUGUUGAUGAAUCCAAGGAAAACGAGGAUGAUGAAGUUGCUGUUGCAUUAGCAGCUGCUAAUGCACUUGGAAAAGCCACAAAAGAUGUCUCUCUAGGAACCGAUAACAUAACAAAUGGUUUAAAGGAAUUGAAUAUGGAAAACUACGAUGAUGAGGAGGAUGGCAUUGAGCUUUUCGGUUCGGGACUCAAAGACUUGUACUACCCAAGUAAUGACAUGGACCCAUAUCUCAAGGAUAAGGACAAUGACUCAGAGGAGGAUGAGGACAUGACAAUAAAGCCUGAUGAUUCUAUUAUAGUUUGUGCAAGCAAUGAUGACGAUGUCAGUCAUCUUGAGAUCUGGAUUUUGGAAGUUUUAUCAGAUGGUACUGUAAACAUGUAUGUUCAUCAUGAGAUUAUUAUUCCUGCGUUUCCUCUCUGCACAGCAUGGAUCGAUUGCCCUAUUAAAAGUGACGAGGGGAAAGGGAACUUCAUAGCUGUGGGCUCAAUGGAACUAGCAAUUGAAAUUUGGGACCUAGACAUAUUGGAUGAGGUGCAACCAGCUGCUGUAUUAGGUGGAAUCGCUGACAUAAAGAAAAAGGGGAAGAAGAAAACCAUCAAAUACAAAAAGGAUAGCCACUCCGAUUCAGUACUUGGUCUCGCUUGGAACAAGGAAUACAGGAAUAUGCUUGCCAGUGCUAGUGCUGAUCAAUCAGUCAAGGUUUGGGAUGUGAAUACCAGAAGCUGUACUGUCACUAUGAACGACCAUACUGACAAGGUUCAAGCAGUUGCAUGGAAUCCAUUUGCAUCACAGAUUCUCCUGAGCGGGUCAUUCGAUCAUACAGUUUGCAUGAAGGAUGUGAGGUAUCCAUCUCACAGUGGAUAUAAGUUUCCAGUUUCUGCUGACGUUGAAAGCUUGGCUUGGGAUCCACAUUCUGAGCAUUCAUUUGUGGUCAGCUUGGAGAAUGGUACAGUUACUAGUUUUGAUAUCCGUGCUGCUAGUUCUGAUUCGAGUUCUGCGACAAAGCCAAGUUUCACCAUCCAUGCUCAUGAUAAAGCAGUGUCCUCGAUGUCCUUUAAUCCUCUAGUCCCGAAUCUUCUUGCAACUGGUUCCACGGACAAGAUGGUUAAACUAUGGGAUUUGAGCAACAAUCAACCUUCUUGUAUUGCAUCAAGGAAUCCAAAAGCCGGAGCUGUCUUCUCGGUUUCCUUCUCAGAUGAUUCCCCCUUUUUUCUUGCUAUUGGUGGUUCUAAAGGGAAGUUGCAGCUAUGGGAUGUUUCUUCAGAAGAUGCGGUGUUGAAGAAAUAUGGGAAAUAUGUCACGCAAAAAGGGCCGUUGCCCAAAUCAUAAUUAGGGUGGUUAUUGGUUCCCAUUAUUUAUCAUAUGAUCAUGGUAAAUUUUAUUGUUGCUUGCCUGGGCCAAGGGACAGAGAAGUGAAGAGUUUGGUGGAAUCAAGAUAACAAAUCACCUCCUCCUAUGUAUUGAGUUGAGAUAUAGAAUGGUUUGUUUGUUUUUGAACAUAACCUACACAAGAUCAAUGAACAUGUAGUGUGAGGCUCAA